UCUCCGCUUUUUAGUUCUUGAUAUGUCAGGUAAUCAAUUAAUGAUUAUCUUAUCAUAUAUCUUUUCAUUUAUAGUUGUUCAUUAUAAAUUAAUGAAAUUAUCUCUUUGAUCGUUGUCGUAUAUAAGGAGGCUCUUUGGAUUCAUUCGCAGCUUCAAGUCUCCAGAAUGAAAUUCAUUGUAGCACUUUGCUUCGUCGUUGUGGCUGUUCAGGCCACUGAGGUUGAAUGGAACACGCUCAUACCUAGGCAUAUCAUUCCACCUGAAUUUGGAGACUAUCUUCCACGGGAUAAGAUUGAAUCACGUAUCGUCGGUGGGCUGCCAGCCGAACCAGGACAGUUUCCGUACCAAAUUGGUCUCCAGCUACAAACUACAGCCGGAAAUUACUUUUGCGGCGGUUCUAUCUUGAACGAAGAAUGGAUCCUCACUGCGGCUCAUUGUGUUGAUCUUCCUGGAACCGUUGUCAUCAUCCUCGGUGCUCAUAACGUUUCCACGGUUGAGAAUACCCAGAAGCGCAUCGUUGCUGAAGAGAUCAUCAUCCAUAAGAACUGGGACUCUAGUCUCAUCCGUAACGAUAUUGCUGUUGUACGUCUUUCUGAAAAAAUUGAAUUUAACGACAGGAUCCAGCCUGUUCGUUUGCCCAAGAAGAGUAAGGUCUCGUCUACCUUCGCUAGUGCGACCGGUACCGUUUCUGGAUGGGGACUUGAUAGUGACUCCUCCAACUCUAUAAGCCCUGUUCUUCGUUGGGUACAGAAUAAUAUUAUGACCAACUUCCUUUGUAACAUCUACUACAUUGGAGUCGUCCAAAGCAGCAACAUCUGCCUUUCUGGAUCUGGUGGACGGUCUACUUGCAGUGGUGACUCUGGUGGUCCUCUCGUAAUCACCGAUACUGAUGGUGAGGUCACUCAGGUUGGUAUUGUCUCCUUCGGUAUUGCUCUUGGUUGCGAAAUAGGAUGGCCUGGUGUUUUCACGCGUGUCACUAGUUACCUGGAUUGGAUCGAAAACAAUACUGGUAUCCAUCUCCAAUAAUUCUUCUGUAUUGGUUCAAAUUGUUGAUUGAAUUAUACAUAUCACGAGUUUGAUUAUAAAAAUAAAAUAUUUCUUCUAACUCUUA